UAAAAGUGAAAAAAAACUUACAAUGUAUGAAUACAUUUAUUCGAAAUUCAUAGUGUUGUCGAUUUCUUUUGACUUAUUGACACACUCAGUCAAUGCUUUUCUCUCAUCUCUCUCUUUUUUUUUUAUUCACUCACCCUCACAGUUCUCUUUUCCUUCUAACUUUUCAUUUUUUUUAGUAAAAAUACGACAUCAUCACAAACGCACGUUAUUUUCAUCGUGAAACAUUUAACCAAAUUCUGCAAUCACCAAAAUUGCCUGGUUUUUAUUAAAAACAAACAAAGAAACAUCAAAAUACAUUUUGGGCCUGUUAAAUAAGAUUAAAAUUCCAAGAAAAAAAAUAGAAUGGCCGAAGAAGAUUGGACCAUCGUACCAAAAGUGGCCAGUAAUAAAUGGCAAGAAGAAGAGGAUGAAGAUAUAAAAGAAAAUUGGGAUGAUGAAGAUGGUGAUGAUGAUGAACAAAGUAAAGCAAGUUCAACGGGUACUGAAUCUAAUCAACAACAAACCAGUGAACAACAACAACCACAAGCAACAAAAAAAUUAACAAGUGGAAAAAAGAAAAGUAAAGCAUUGAAGGAAAAGAUUCAACAAAAAGAAGAAAGUGAAAGAAGUCAGCCAAAAACAGCCGACGAAUUAUUGGCCGAAAAAUUGGAAAAUCAACGAUUAAUCGAAGAAGGUGAUCUAGCCUUAGCAAAAGAAACAUUCGGUAUAUCCGGUAAUAAUGAUUCAACAUCAGCAUUGAAUAAUAUUCGUUUAGCAACGAAAGAUGAUUUUGAAGAUUUUCGUAAAGCAUUAGAUGAUAAACUAAGUCCAUAUAUUCGUUCACCACAUUAUAUGACAUUUUUGGAUGGUCUAUUUCGUACAUUAGCUUCCAGUUUGGAAAUUGAUGAUAUUAGAAAAUUAAAUGCAACGCUUACGGCAUUGUAUAAUGAAAAAAUUAAACUACAAAAGAAUAAAGGAAAAAAGAACAAAAAGGCACCGACAAUCAUGAUGGAACGUGAAAAAGAUUAUUCAUAUGGAAAACAAAUGGAUCAAUAUGAAGAUGAAUAUGAUGAUUUUCUUUAGCUAAUUUCAUCCACAACACACUUCUUCCUUCCACCAAUGAACAAAGUCAUACUACAAACAAACAAACAAAAACUAAUAAUUAAUUAAUUAAUUAAUGAACUUCAUUAUCUCCGUUACUAAUAUUAACCAGUUGAUAAUUUAACAACAACAACAGCAACUGCAUCAACAA